UUUCACUUUUUAUUCACAUUUCUUUACUCCGUGUUUUCUAGUUGUAGUUACAUUAUAGUUGCCGUUUGCUUAAAACAUAUAAAAUAUCGUAAGUUUAGGUCAAUAAUAAGCGGUGUAUAAAAGUUAUUGAGCAACUUUAAUAAUAAUUAAAUAGUAACUGUGAAGUCAUGAAUAGUGUAGUGUUUACAACCACUGUGGUCGGUAUUUACUUGGUGGCUUCUAACUAUGGCUCUUUACAAUACCGGUAAUGAAGCUUCUUCAGAUGUUAUUCCUGAUAUAUCUGAUGAAACAAAUAUUAUAGACGACUUAUCUAUAAUUCCAUUAGAAAAAGAUAGUUUCGCAAUAUGUGAAUUCUGUGGCAGAGUUGGUCGACGUGGUCAGUUCUAUCAGCGCAAUAAUAAAUUUUGUUCACUGCGAUGCCACACUAGUCGAAAUAAUUCAAAACGACGUUAUUGCAAUUGGAGGUUCAAGCUGAUGGAGGGUACAGAACACAUGGCAGGGCUGAUCCCUUUGGAGCCGUUGCCUCAGUUACAGCACUGGCAGGCUACUUUUAAUGAAUUGCAGGCAGGACCUUUGAAGCAAUCUGCUCUAGUUGCAAACAGCUAUGAAUGGAAAGAUGAGCUUUUUGGCUGUGACUUUCUUGCAGCCCCCGUUAGCCUGUUCAAACAUGCACCGUUACAUGAAAUGUGGGACAACACGUUUGAAGGCAUGAAAGUUGAAGUGAAGAACACAGAUUGUGAAAACUACUCUGAGAAAUUAAGUGACUAUUUUUGGGUAGCUACAGUGUUGAAAGUAAAAGGUUACAUGGGUCUUCUGCGCUAUGAAGGUUUUGGGAGUGAUGACUCCAAGGAUUUUUGGGUCAAUCUUUGCUGUUCUGAGGUGCAUCCGGUUGGCUGGUGUGCGACCCGUGGCAAGCCUCUCAUCCCACCGAGAAGCAUAGAAGACAAAUAUACAGAUUGGAAAAAAUUUCUUGUAAAGCAGUUGACCGGUGCACGUACAUUGCCUGCCAAUUUUUAUACAAAGCUGGAUGACAGUCUGGCAUCAAGGUUUUCUAUUGGUUCUGUUAUGGAAGUUGUUGAUAAGAAUAGAAUAUCACAAGUCAAGGUAGCGAGCGUAUGCGAAAUAAUAGGCAAAAGGUUACACGUUAAAUACUAUGACAGUUCGCCGGAAGACAACGGUUUCUGGUGCCAUGAGGAUUCACCGCUGAUCCAUCCAGUAGGCUGGGCAUUCAGGGUGGGCCAUCCUCUAGAUGCACCACAGAGUUACUGCACAAGAGUGGCAGGGGGUAGACUAAUAGCCAGUGAUACAACUGCAGAGAUGUUCUACAAGUACCCCAGCAACGAACCUCCCCUAUUCGCUGAAGGCAUGAAGUUAGAAGCUAUAGAUCCCCUGAACUUGUCUGCGGUAUGUGCUGCAACGGUGAUGCAGAUUUUAAAUGAGGGCUACAUGAUGAUAAGGAUAGACUGCUACCCGGCUGAUGCUUCUGGUGCAGAUUGGUUUUGUUACCACCAACGGUCACCAUGUAUAUUCCCCGUUGGAUUUGGACUCGCAAAUAAUAUCACUUUGGUUCCACCUGCUGGGUUCACGGCAGAUGAGUUCAGUUGGGAAGAUUAUUUAACAAGGACGGGUAGUAGUCCGGCCGAUAGAGCUUUGUUCAUCGCGCGCGGUCACGUGGUCUCGCACGGCUUCGUGAUGGGCAUGCGACUUGAGUGCGCAGACCUGAUGGACCCGAGGCUAGUGUGCGUCGCCACUGUCGCAAGAGUUGUCUCCGAUCUGCUCAAGGUGCAUUUCGACGGGUGGGGCUCUGAAUACGACCAAUGGCUGUGGGCGCACAGUACGGACGUGUACCCAGUGGGCUGGUGCCGAGCCGUAGGUCACCGUUUAGAAGGGCCGCUACAACCGCCGCCGAGGGCCGCGCGGCGACCGCCCGCAAGGCCCAACCGUCGCAAGCGGAGACAGGCUACCAAAGGGGCCGCCCUUCCUCCGAACACGACGGAGGAAAGUUCUCAGAACUCUGACUUGGGUGAUACGAAAAGCCUAUCACCACCGACGAGCGUGUCUGAGAUAUCUGCAGAUGCGGAACAUCGUUCUGAAGAUCAAACCCCUAGUUCUAAGAUGGAAAUAGAAACAGAGUCGAAGACCAGUCCAGAACUUCCGGAGGAACGACUUACUGACAUUAGCCAGGAUGUUGUGAGUACCCCCACGGAUGCUUCACAGGAUUCAAGCCAAAACAUAAGUCCAUCGUCUCCAGAAAUACUGGAAAAGAGCGCAGACGAUAAAGUGAUACCUAGACUAGUCAACACAAGUGUGCCCUCAGAUAUCUUGAACUCCGUGGACCCCGAGAAUUGGACCACAUCGGACGUCGCGAAGUUCCUUACUGUGAACGAUUGCCAACCGUAUUGCAUCAACUUCAGCCAUAUAACCGGAUCAAUGAUGCUGCAACUAUCUAAAGACGAAAUCAUAGAACUAUUAGAAAUGAAAGUGGGACCUUCACUAAAAAUAUUCGAUCUAAUACAACAGCUGAAGUGUAAAAUCAAACAGCCCCAGUGCAGAUUGCUCGGCACCUUCAAGUAGUGUUUCCAAUACGAAUAUUCCUAUAUCAAAAGACAUUGUAGAUGAUAUGAUAAUAGUUGUGUGCGAAAUACUUGCAAAUGUUAUAUUAAUACUGCUUAGUUGUGAUCGCGAUUGGGAUUUCUUAGACUUUGAUAUUUCAUUGUGAACUAGUGGCAAAAGCCCGAAGUUAAUCAAUGUAAUCCAAGAUCUACAGAUGGCAGAUUGGAAUUAAAAAAAAAAUCAAAAUUCAUGUAUUUCGAGUAGGCCUAAUUUAUAAGCACUUUUGA